UCUUUGUCCAAAGUCCAAGCUGUUUCCCGUCCUGCCUCCGUUUGUUUGGAUAAAAAUUGUCUGGGACUGCAACUCUGCAAGAAAGAAGUUAAAGGUGGAGAUUGUUGCAGCAGGCGAAUGCUUUGUACAGGCCAAGAGGCUGCUGCCGUUUUGUAGAAUGCAAGGGAUAUAGGUACUCAAAUUGGAUAGAGAUACAAGAAAGAAUGGCUCUUAAUCCUGCAGCAAAGAUAUGUGUCCCUACUGUUUCCAAUACAAUGGAGACGGUCUCGAGACCUGAAAAUGAAUGUAAACUUCAAUUCAGGUAUCAUGUUGUUAAUCCAUGUAAAGAAGCUUUGUCAAGUCGUCGUCUUGUAAUAGCGCGUACCAGUGCAUCUUUGCUUACUGUUCUCACCUUCAACUGUGGCUUAACUCCAUUGCCAGUAUGGGCUGAACCAGAUGACGAGAAGCAAGACGUUCAAGGAGCUGUAGGGGCCAUCAAAUCGCUGUUCGAUCCUAACGAGAAAACAAAGUCUGGAAAAGUGUUGCCCAAGGCUUACUUAAAGUCAGCCAGAGAAGUUGUGAAAACACUACGUGAAUCACUGAAGGAGGAUCCAAAGGAUAUCGUUAAAUUUAGACGGACUGCAGAUUCUGCAAAAGAAUCAAUUCGAGACUAUUUGAGCAAUUGGAAGGGACAAGAUAAAGUGGCUCGUGAGAAAUCAUACGUUGAGCUGGAGAAAGCAAUCAGAUCUUUGGCCAGUUUCUACUCGAAGGCAGGUCCAUCUGCUCCAUUACCGGAAGAGAUUAAGAACGAAAUAUUGAAUGAUUUAAGCACAGCUGAAGAAUUUCUGUAGUGCAGCAGCAUGUCGGAGAUGGUGUAUGCAUAAACCUCACGAAUUCAAACCAGUUGAAAUGAGAACGACAUCUAUUUCGGUUGUUUUCUUUUGUUGUUCUAAUUCUUUAUUUAAUAGAAAAUUAGCUGUGGAAUUCAAAUUAUAUGGACUUAGCAUGUGGAAUCUUACAAGCAGCUGUGGAGGACUUGGCCAAAAAGAUGAGUAUAUAGGAAUAAUUGCAUGCUCUCCUGAUUGCCAUCUCAACUCCUGCUCUUUAAAUUGUAGUGACAAAGGGUUGGGAUGGUUUAGAUAUUGUAGACGAAUAGAAAAUCUCAAUCCUUAAGUCAGAAGUAUUUAGUUAGAGCUGAGAAAUAAACGAAAAACACAUUGGUGGAAUUGUCUA